AUGGAUCACACCCCAUACUCGACCCCGAGAGGAUCUAUUUCAUUGAGUAUAGGAGAUUCCGCUGAGCUCGAGGCCAAUCUCACUCUCAGCGAUAAGCUAAAGAUCUUCAAGAGCUCCUCCUUUGAUCCCAAUGACUACGUUACUACCAAAUCUCGUAGCAUGAACGAGAAGGAUAUAAAAAUUGCCUGCAAUUACCUUCACGAAUUGAAAAGGGCUUCAGCAGAAGAAAUGCGUAAAAGUGUUCUCGCUAAUUAUUCAGCCUUCAUUCGCACAUCAAAAGAGAUCUCAGAUCUUGAGGGGGAGCUGCUUUCCAUGAGAAAUCUCCUAUCCACUCAGGCUGCUUUGGUUCACGGUUUAGCAGACAGAAGUCGGCUUGGUUCUUUGAUCACUGAAGCCAAAGGUUCGGAUACAGACGACAUGCUUAAUGAAAAGGCAGACCAAUCCAAGACAGAAAAUUGGAUUACAGGAUAUCUUGAGAAGCUUGAGGUCCUAUUAGCUGAGAAAAGAAUAGAAGAAGCCAUGACCUCCUUACAAGAGGGAGAUGCCAUGGUAGAGGAAAUCAGAAACAAAAAAGCUUUAAGUCCAAGUGCGUUAGUUGUAUUAGAAGCUGCUGUUACAGAACACAGAACUAAGUUAGCUGAUCAGCUUGCAGAAAUUAUAUGUCAGCCUUCAACUCGUAGUUCUGAGCUUCGUUCAUCUGCGCUAGCUUUAAAAAAUCUCGGAGAUGGUCCUCGUGCACACACAUUACUCCUAAAUUCUCACCAAGAAAAGUUACAACGUAGCUUGCAGAGUCUUAGGUCUGUCUCACAUAGUGGAGGAGCAUACACAGCCAAGCUCUCAAAGCUUGUCCUGUCCACCAUUUCACAAGCAAUGAAUGAUUCCUUGACAGUGUUUGGUGAAGAAGAGGCUGCAUAUACUUCUGAGUUAGUGACUUGGGCUGUAAAGCAGGCUGACCACCUUGCCUCUCUCAUCAAGAAACAUGUUCUGUUAUCUACAGCAUCUGCUGGGAGCUUGAGGGUUUCUUCUGAUUGUGUUCGUGUUUGCUUGAGUCACUGUUACAUCUUAGAAGCUCAAGGGUUAGCACUUUCUCCUGUGUUGUUGAAACAAUUCAGGCCAUUUGUUGAGAAUGCACUGAGCACAAACUUGAAAAGAAUCGAGCAAUGUUGUGCAGCUAGAGCUGCUGCAGAUGAUUGGUUGCUUGCUUAUUCACCUAGCAGCAGGCUUUCUGGGUUAACUUCUGCUGCUUCGUUGACGAACGCAUCCCAAGCACCCAGGCUUUCUAGCAGUGCUCAUAAGUUUAACUCAAUGAUUCAGGAGUUUUUCGAAGAUGUUGGGCCUCUAGAAUUCCUAGAGUUGGAUAAUCUUGCAUAUGAAGGUCUCCUUCAAUUGUUCAAAUCCUAUGUCAAUCUCUUAAUAAAUGCACUACCAGGUUCAGUGGAAACUGAGAACCUGGAAGGCACAGGGCCAAAAAUAGUUAGGGUAGCUGAGACAGAAGCACAACAAGUGGCAUUGUUGGCAAAUGCAUUGUUGCUGGCAGAUGAGUUGAUCCCACGUGCCGUCGUGAAGCUUUUUCAAAUCACCAAAAGUGAUGAAUCCCAGAAAAGAGCAGGACCAGAGAAAUAUCAGAAGGCUCCUGAACAGAGAGAGUUGAAGAAAAGGCUCCAGCGUGAAGUUGAUCGCCUGAGAGAUAGCUUCUGCAGGCAACAUGCUCUUGAACUCAUUUUCACAGAAGAUGGACACACUCGUUUGAAUGCAUUGAUGUAUUUGAGUAUGGAUAGUCAUGCAGAGGAGCCUGAGUGGUUUCCUUCUCCAAUUUUUCAGGAGCUCUUUUUAAAACUUUCUCGAAUGGCAAGCAUUGCUACAGAUAUGUUUGUGGGCAGGGAAAGGUUUGCUACUACUUUACUAAUGAGAAUGUCGGAAACAGUGAUUCUGUGGCUUUCUGAAGAUCAAGCAUUCUGGGAUGAGAUUGAGGCAGGUGAAGUGCCUUUAGGCGCUUUCGGCCUUCGACAGCUUUAUUUAGAUAUGCAGUUUGUGAUAAUAUUUGCAUCCCAAGGUCGUUACCUAUCUCGUCAGCUCUCCCAAGUUAUUAAAAACAUGAUUGCUAGGGCCAUUGAUGCUGUUGCUGCUUCUGGGUUAGAUCCUAACAGUGUCCUGCCAGAGGAUGAAUGGUUUGUUGAAGUUUCUCAAAUAGCUGUAGAGAUGAUAAAUGGGAAAACUACGUUUGGUCAUGUUGAGAGAGAAGUUACUAGCCCUACUGCUUCUAUAUCAGGAAGGUCAAUGUCAUCAAUCCAUUCUCACGGAACUUCCUACUUGGCAAAGAUGAAUUCCUUGCCCUUUGGGAUUCACAUUCCUGGCAUGCUUGAGUUGAGGAUUUCAUGCAGAUCAGACCUUCUGCCUUACUUGAUAUUUGCACUUUGCCGCUAA